UAAAAUAAUUGCAUUUCCAUGUUCUGUGUACUGUGGGAGACCAGAUAUAGUGAAUGCGGGUCCUGGGAGACCAGAUAUAGUGAAUGCAGGGUCCGGGGAGACCAGAUAUAGGGAAUGCAGGGUCCGGGGGGGAGACCAGAUAUAGUGAAUGCAGGGUCAGGGGAGACCGGAUAUAGUGAAUGCAGGGUCCUGGGAGACCAGAUAUAGUGAAUGCAGGGUCUGGGGAGACCAGAUAUAGUGAAUGCAGGGUCCGGGGAGACCAGAUAUAUGGCAAGCAGGGUCCAGGGAGACCAAAUAUAGUGAAUGCAGGGUCCGGGGAGACCAGAUAUAGGGAAUGCAGGGUCUGGGGAGACCAGAUAUAAUGAAUGCAGGGUAUGGGGAGACCAGAUAUAGUGAAUGCAGGGUCCGGGGAGACCAGAUAUAGUAAAU